UGUGAAAUAAAUCAUCCUAUCUGCUUACUCACACGUAUCUAUCUAUAAUCUUAUCACAAAGGUAAUCACAAACAGAAAUUCAGAUUUAGUAGAUUUUAACCAGCCAAGGGAACAAGUUACUUUCGAAGCUGGCUCUCGGCAGUCUAUCACGUCCAGACAGUGUACCAGGCAGACAACCACAUCGGGCAAGAGGAUUACUGAGGGAAAGAUGGUCACGGAGGAGGUCAACCCUCACACAGAGGGAAGACCCAGUGAUAAAAAGUCCAAAAUGUCAACGUUCGAGGACUUGCUCGAGCUAGCUGGGACACGCGGCACAUGGAACAUCAUCAUGUUCUGCAUGUGUGCCACUUGUACGUUCAUUUCCCCUAUGCAAAUAUUGUCGUAUCAGUUCCUGGGAGCAACUCCAGACUACUGGUGCAGCGUUGAGCCCCUGCGGGAAGCCAACUGGACCCAGGACCAAGUUCUCAGCUUCGCCAUCCUCUUUAGCAACUCCACAGGGCAGCACGAGACCUGCCUCAUGUACGACUACAACUACACGGCGGCGGCGGAGAUGGGUUAUGACGCCGCCAUGGCCAACAGGCCGUCCCUCGCCGGAGACUCCGACGACCCCAUCAAGUGCUACUCGAGAGACUUCAACCGGACACAGUACAAGUCCACCGUGGUCACGGAGUGGGACUUGGUGUGCGAGCGACGCGUCCUCUACUCCACCACGCAGUCAGUCGUCAUGGGCGGGAAGUUCAUCGGCGACAUCGUCUUUGGUUACCUCAUUGACUUGCGGGGGCGUCGACCACCGGCAGUUGUAUGCGCCUUCUUCUACAGUUUGUCGUCCUUCCUCGCCGCUGCGUCCCCGUCCGUCGGGAUCUAUAUACUCCUCAAAACUAUCGCCAGUAUAAUGGAGGACGGACUGUAUCUUAGUCUCUUCAUCUUUGUGAUGGAGACAACAGCUACCAGGUACCGUGCAGCUGCCGGCGCGUUGUUCGUGAUUCCCUGGGCCUUGGGGUACAUGCUGGUGCCAGGGAUCGCCUACCUGCUGCCUGAAUGGAAGUUAAUGCAGGUGGCUUACGCCGUUCCCACGCUCUGGGGUAUUGUAUAUUUUGUGUGGCUGCCGGAGUCCCCCCGGUGGCUAAUUAUGCAGGGCCGCCACAAAGAGGCGCUCAAGGUGUUGACCCAAGCGGCCAAAGUGAACAAGAAGACGCUUCCCCCAGAUGACCAGAUGAUAUCAGCCAUGACCCUCAUAGGAAGGCAGCCUGCUUCGAAGAAAGAGGACAAGUCCAGUGUGUGGUCCCGCAUAUCGUCAACUCUGAAGGGGUUCUUCAUGGUGCUCAUCUUGCGGGAGUUCAGAGUGAGAACGUUGGUCGUCUUCUUCUGCUGGUUUUCCGUUUCCAUGGUGUACUACGGUGUCGCCCUUAAUGCCGACAACAUCAACACGAACCCCUACCUCUACGUGUUCCUGGGGGGGCUGAUGGAGAUACCGUCCUACCUGCUGUUGUGGCCGGCGCUCAUCUUCAUCGGCAGGAAAUGGUCACUGGUGGCAGUAUAUCUGAUAUGCGCCGUCUGCAUCUUUAUGGUCAUGACACUCAUCCUGCUGGAGCCAGAGAAUGCAGACUGGGCCGUUAUGACACUCGCUCAGAGCGGCAAAGUUGCCGUCACCGCUGCGUUCCAAUUGUUGUGGGCGUACACGGCUGAGCUGUACCCCACCAACUUCCGUACCCUUGUUGUGGGGCAGAGCAGCAUGUUUGGGAGGGUGGGCUCAGUCUGCUCCCCGUAUAUCAACGACCUCAUGGGCGCCGCAAUCGCAUGGGGACCAUCGGCGCUGUUCGGCGCGGUGUCGCUCGUGUCGGCCGUCCUCACGCUGCUGCUGCCGGAGACCCGACACUUGGACCUCAGUGAACCCGAGGAAAAGCAAGAAGAGGUGGAAAGGAAUGAACUGGAAGACCAUGAUGCUGACAGGAAUGCAGCGGAAGGAGUCACAAAUUUGUCAUAUAUACCGGAAAAGUGACGGCAGAGAC